CUGAAGUUUAACGGCUGUCCUCUUCUUCUUCUUCUUAUUGUUGUUAGUCAAUUCGUUUCCAACUCAAUCGUAUCGUAUCGAAUCCAAUUACAAUGUCUACCGAAAGAACUUUCAUUGCUAUUAAGCCAGAUGGUGUCCAAAGAGGUUUAGUCUCUUCAAUCUUAUCCAGAUUUGAAAGCAGAGGUUAUAAAUUAGUUGGUAUUAAAUUAGUUCAAGCUAAUGAAUCUUUAUUAAGAGAACAUUACGAUGACUUACAAUCUAAGCCAUUCUUCCCAUCUUUAUUAUCUUACAUGUUAUCUGGUCCAAUUUUAGCUACUGUUUGGGAAGGUAAAGAUGUUGUUAAACAAGGUAGAGCUAUUUUAGGUGCUACUAACCCAUUACAAUCUGCUCCAGGUACUAUCAGAGGUGAUUUUGCCAUUGAAACCGGUAGAAAUGUUGCUCAUGGUUCUGACUCUGUUGAAUCUGCUAACAAGGAAAUUGCCUUAUGGUUCAAGAAGGAAGAAUUAGUCGAAUACAAGCCAGCUUUAUUCGGUUGGAUUUACGAAUAAAUGCUUUAGGUAUUAGCUAGUAUAGCUUACUGUAAGUGGUAUAUAGUAUCAAUCUAUUCAUUAUGUUCAUAUA